GAUUCAGCAUCUGCCACGUCUGUACAGAAAGAGCUCAUUGGGACAGAGAGAGAGGAUGAAAAAUAUGAACGCUAGAAAGCAGGAAAACAUCUGAGUAAUUCGCAGUUAAGAGGGAAUAGUGUGAAAUCACUCGAAUGCAUAUUUAAUUGAAGAAGCUUAGCUUCCUUGCUUAAAUCGACUGUAGAAAUGAUCAUCAUGCAGCACCUCGGCUAGGCAACACUGUGCUCCGCUGUCCGAUUAGAGCGCGUCAAACAGAACCAUAGAACAACGACGCUGAUGGAUAGAAAUCUCACAGACUGUAUUGAUUUUAGUUACUUGUGCAUAAAUUGGUUUGGAUUCGGUUAUUCACUGUCACAUCUUUUUCAGAGAUUUUAUUCCAGUCUCUGGGAUCGAUGUGAAUAAGGCUCGCGUGUGCUUUUUAAAAAGUCGGGUUGGUGGUAUGAUCUCCUUGAUACGCUUUAGCUACCUCAGUAUCGUAUAGUUCUGGCUUUGUUUCCUUUAAUCUGCUUUAAAUAAUUUCUACUGGGAAAAGCAAAUACUGAGUUUGGAGAAAGAUGCGCGGGGUUUUGCCGGAAAUACUUAUUUGCCUGCGAAGAGAGUAACGCAGUAGUAGGUUAACGUCCGUGUCUUACUCAGUGGUGAACAGCUCCUGCUCCUCCUCCUCCUCCUCUGACCGGCAGUAGCGGGACAGAGGUUGUGGAAGUGUUUGUGUGGUCGACCGGCGUGCUGCUGCUUCAGGUUACAGUUUCGAUGCUUAGUGCAGGAAGAAUGCAAGAAUUUGAAACGGAGGAAGAGGAGCCAUGGUACGACCAGCAAGAUCUGGAGCAGGACCUGCACCUGGCAGCAGAGUUGGGAAAGACCCUGCUGGAACGUAACAAGGAGCUGGAGGAUUCCCUGCAGCAGAUGUACAUCACCAACGAGGAACAAGUGCAGGAAAUUGAGUACCUGUCCAAGCAGCUGGAGAUGCUGCGGGAGAUGAACGAACAGCACGCCAAGGUGUAUGAGCAGCUGGACACGACUGCUCGCGAGCUCGAGCUCGCCAAUCAGGCUCUGGUCCUGGACGGCAAGGCUUCGCAGCAGAAAAUACAGAGGUUGACAGGGACAAUCGAUGUGCUGCAGGGACAGGUGGAAGCGCUGACGGUGAAGGUGGAGGGGCUGCGGUCCCUGGAGCACCUGAGGGUGCACCGUGAGAAGAGGGAACGGCGCAAGACCAUCCACUCCUUCCCCUGCCUCAAGGAGCUGUGCACCGCACCCAGUUAUGAGGACGGGUUCGUGGUGGGCAGCCCUGGGAGCGUGGGCUCGGAGGCAGACUGCCGGCCGCUGCAGGAGGAGAACGAGCGCCUGCGCGAGUCCGUGUCAUCCCUCCGUUCGGCGGUGCGUGUGGAGCGGGGCCGGCGCGAGGGCGCGGAGCGGGAGUGCGCAGCCAUCCUGCAGGAGUUCGCUCGCCUGGAGCAGCGGCUGCAAGGGGCCGAGGGCUGCCAGCUGCGCGUGCGGGAGCUGGAGGCCGAGCUGCAAGAGCUGCAGCAGCUGCGCAGGGCCCGCACCUUCCUGAUUGGUGGAGAGGACGGUCUGACACAGACGCUGCUCAACAGCACCCCCGAGACCGACACCCUGGAGGAAGAGGCGGCGCUGGGCGAGGAAGGCAGCGAGGCCGACGAGGGGCAGUCCCUGCCGGCGUCCAGCCCGGUGCGGAAGAGCUGCAGCGACACGGCGCUGAACGCCAUCGUGGCCCGGGACGCGUCCGGGCGCAGGCGGGGGAGCUACGCCCUCCAUGCCAACAGUGUGCGGAAGCGGGGAAUGUCCAUCCUGCGGGAGGUUGACGAGCAGUACCACGCCCUGCUGGAGAAGUACGAGGAGCUGCUGGGGAAGUGCAGGCGCCACGAGGAGAGCCUGCGGCAUGCAGAGGUGCAGACGUCCCGCCCCGUCUCCCGAGACCCCUCCAUGAAGGACUGCGCCACCACUGCACCUCCACCCACCCCUGCACAGACCCCAUCCACCCCAGAGGCCCUGGAGGGCAUCAGCAAGCAAGUGGAGGCAGUAGACAAACGUCUGGGCCAGAACACGCCCGAGUACAGGGCGCUGUUUAAGGAGAUCUUCUCUCGUCUCCAGAAAACCAAGACAGACAUCAACUCCACCAAAGCAAGCAAGUCCAGUAAAUGAAUCUCCUCGCCUCCAUUCCUACACUAAGAAUAAAUGAAUAAAUAAAAGUC